UGCAUCACUUUCCCGCUUGCACCCUUAAACCCUAAUCCCUAAAUCCAACGCAGUACUUUUCGUGAAUGGCUUUGAACGUCACCAUCCACCGCAUUCUUCGUCAUCGUCGCUUCCUCAAUUCUGCUAAUUCCACUCUGCAUCUCACCAACACUAGGUGCUUCUCCCAUGCUCCAUCACCUUCUCCCUCUCAGAGUUCCAAAGCUAAUGAUAAAGAUCCUCAUUCAGGUCCAUCUUCCUUGAAGGACAACGAGCUCGCCAAGUUUGCCGCCAUUUCUGAUACCUGGUGGGAUUCUGAAGGCCCUUUCAAACCUUUGCAUCUCAUGAAUCCUACAAGACUUGCUUUCAUCAGGUCUACACUCUGUCGACAUUUUAAGAGGGACCCUUAUAGUACACGACCCUUUGAAGGACUUAAAAUUGUUGAUGUAGGGUGUGGAGGAGGAAUUCUUUCUGAGCCAUUGGCUCGCUUGGGAGCUACCGUGACAGGCGUCGAUGCUGUAGAGAAGAAUAUCAAGAUUGCUCGACUUCAUGCUGACUUGGAUCCGACGACAUCAACUAUUGAGUAUUGUUGCACAACAGCUGAGAAGUUAGUUGAAGAAGGAAGAACAUUUGAUGCAGUAAUGGCCUUAGAGGUGAUCGAGCAUGUUGCGAAUCCUGAAGAGUUCUGCAAAUCUCUGGCAGCAUUAACAAAUCCAGAUGGAGCCACUGUUGUAUCAACAAUCAAUCGAUCGAUGCGAGCAUAUGCAACUGCCAUUGUUGCCGCGGAAUAUAUUCUCCACUGGCUUCCAAAAGGCACACAUCAAUGGUCCACCUUUCUUACCCCGGAAGAACUAGCCAUGAUCCUACAUCGUGCCGGCAUCAAUGUGGAGGAGAUGGCAGGAUUUGUGUACAACCCUCUAACAGGAAGGUGGUUAUUAUCAGAUGAUAUCAGUGUCAAUUUCAUCGCCUUUGCAACCAAAAGCCAAAACGCUAUCUAAUGUCAUUACAAAAACAAAAACACAAACUUUUCA